GGAAAAGAAUUUUUCCACGAUUAGAUAAAAACAACUCAAAAUUUUGAAAACCACCUUCAGAUUACUUCUCUUCUGGGCGUUGGUAGACAUAGUCAGGUUUUAAGAUUAACACGAAACAAAAUGUCCACAGCUGGAAAGCCAAUCACGUGCCGUGCUGCGGUGGCAUGGGAGAAAGCCAAGCCAUUCAAGAUUGAAACUGUGGAAGUCGCUCCGCCCAAGAAAGGUGAAGUGAGAGUCAGGGUGACUUCAACCGGUGUCUGCCACUCAGACCUCCAUAUUCUGGAAGGCAUAGACAAAUCCUGGUACUUUCCAUGCAUCUUGGGCCACGAAGGAGCAGGAAUCGUCGAAAGCGUCGGCGAAGGGGUGACCAGCCUGGCGCCAGGGGAUACCGUCGUAUUUUGUUUUGAAUCUCACUGCGGAGAAUGUAACUACUGUAAAAAUCCGAAAACGAAUCUGUGUCAGAAACAGCCGAGAACCGGCUUUCAAUUAGAUGGCACCUCCAGAAUCACGUGCAAAGGAACACCCCUAGGUCAGAUGAGCUCUAUAAGCACAUUUUCUGAGUACACCGUCACCUGGGAGAACAAUGUAACGAAGGUGAAUCCCAAGGCAAACCCUAACACUCUCUGCUUAGCUGGAUGCUGCAUACCAACUGGAUACGGAGCAGCAAUGAAGGCUGCACAAGUAACUCCAGGCUCUACAUGCGCCAUCUGGGGCUUGGGAGGCGUCGGCAUGUGCGUUGUCAUGGGCUGCAGGGACAGUGGAGCAUCCAAGAUCAUUGGUAUCGACGUCAAUCCAAAGAAAUUCGAAAAGGCCAAAGAGUUUGGUUGCACUGACUUUUUGAACCCGAAAGAUGUCUCUGAUGUUCCCCAGAAGUUGGAAGAGAUGACAAAUGGAGGUGUGGAUUAUUGUUUCGUGUCUGUAGGAAUCAUCCCUGUCAUGGUAAGUUUCCUGCAUACUGGGACU